UCUCUGGCCACCUACGAGAAUGUCCUCAAGCAAAACACAUGGACCAGGAGGAAGCAGGUCAUUGACCUCAGCGUUACGCGUACAUGUCAUUACCGCAAUGGUUUUAUUUAGAAAAUGAAAGAUUAUUUUUGGUGUAGACAGCUGACGUUGUUGAGGGUCCCCGUGACGUUGAAAGAGCACGCCUGAGGAAGCCUGCAGGGGAACAGCACCGGGCGGGCUCAGUCGUCGUCAUGGCGGAUACAUCCCCGAACACCAUGACGUCCAUGGCCCGGGCUUUGUCCCAUCACAAACUGGACCUGCUGGAAUCUAAUGAAGUGGUUCUUCCCCGCAAUUCCCAGGUGCAUCCGUGCCGAAGGAGACAGUUGUCGAGCUGCGGCUCGCUCGAUUUCUCCGAGCAGGCCAGCUCACCGACCGCCGCCGAAGCGCGCGUCUUGGUCGUCAACACAGGAGGUACCAUCGGGAUGACGCUUCUUGACAACGUUCUUGCGCCAAAAGCUAAUGCUUUUGUGAAGAGUUUGCGUAAACUGCCCAUCCUCCAUGAUGAGAUGUAUGCCCAGCAGACCUGCAUGUAUGACUACUAUGGAUUUGAACACACCCUAGUCCUGCCGAUGAGUAAAAAUAAGAAGAGGAUUGUCUACACAAUUAUUGAGUACAGUCCUUUACUGGAUUCCUCCAAUAUGACCACAGAUGACUGGGGUAGAAUUGGAAAAGACAUUGAGAAAAACUAUGAAAGCUAUGAUGGCUUUGUGAUCCUUCACGGCACAGACACUAUGGCCUACACGGCCUCAGCGCUGUCAUUCAUGUGUGAGCACUUGGGCAAGCCCAUCAUCCUCACUGGUUCACAGGUGCCAAUAUAUGAGAUGAGAAACGAUGGCAGAGACAACCUGCUGGGUGCGCUGUUGAUUGCCGGCCAGUUUGUCAUUCCUGAGGUAUGCUUGUAUUUCUACAACAAGCUCUACAGAGGAAACCGUGUGACUAAGGUGGAUGCUGGGAGUUUCAAUGCAUUCUCAUCCCCUAAUUUAGCCCCUCUUGCCACUGCGGAAGUGGAUAUUGCAAUUAACUGGGACACGGUGUGGAGGGCAAACACCACAGCGAAAUUUCAAGUCCGCACUGAGCUCAACCGAAAUGUUGGCUUGCUGAGGCUAUUCCCAGGAAUAACUGCAGCCACUGUGAGGGCUUUCCUGCAGCCGCCUAUGGAGGGUGUGGUUCUGGAGACCUAUGGCAGUGGAAACGCCCCAGAUAACCGCUCUGACUUGUUGGAGGAAUUGAAGAAGGCCACCGAAUCUGGCGUAAUCAUUAUCAACUGUACCCAGUGUUUGAGGGGGACGGUGUCCACGUCCUACGCCACAGGCAAGGUCUUGAUGGACGCGGGGCUGAUAGCUGGUGGUGACAUGACUCCUGAGGCCGCCUUGUCUAAGCUGUCCUACGUGUUGGCCAAGACAGAGAUAAGUUUAGAUGCCAAGAAAAAGAUGAUGGGCCAGAACCUGCGAGGUGAGAUGAGUGCUGACUUGGCCGGAGCAAAGUUAUGUCUGAGUGACAGUCAGUUCAUCCAAGUUAUUGCGAAGUCCCUGAGCAUUAGCUGCAAAGAGGAACUGGAGGCCGUCCGUGAUGCUCUGACACCACCGCUUGCAUGUGCCGCCACGAAGAUUGGCGACAUCGAGGCCUUAGAAGCCCUCAAGGAAAUGGGCAGUAACUUGUGUCUUAGCGACUAUGAUGGACGGACGCCUCUGCACAUCGCCGCCUGCGAGGGCCACCUUAAAGUGGUGGAAUACCUGCUGACUCUCGGGGCCACGGUUUAUGCGAAAGAUCGUUAUGGAGACACACCACUGUGCAACGCUGUACGCUUUAGGCACAAGGAUGUUGUCAAGCUCUUGAGAAAGACGGGAGCCCACUUCUCUCGGGACGAGAUGGAGGAAGCUGGAACAGAACUGUGCAGCCUGGCAGCCAGCGGCGACCUGGAAGGCCUGGAAAUAUGGAGUCUAGCUGGAGCUGAUUUGACUACACCAGGCUAUGAUGGGCAGACUGCAAUUAAAGUGGCUAAGGCUGUUGGUAAACCAGAAGUGGUUGCCUUUUUACGGCACCUCCUGAGCAGAAAAAACAAGACAGCAUUUGCAGGAUUGAAUGAAAGUGAUGAGUAUGAUGAGGAAGAGGAGAACGGCGACAUAAUUGAAUUCACAGCCUCCCCAGCAAAAAUCCGUCGGUCUACCUUGGUCAAAUACCUCCACGAGAGUCAUGUCCUGCUGCAAGAACACGUGUUAGACAAUGUGAAGCAACUCAUCCAGCCAGUUUGUCAGCCCACUUUCAAGCCGGAAGAGUGAAAUAGCUCUCUCGAAUGCAACUGACAAUUUCAGUUAAAACAUGCUGUACUGUGUCAUAUUUUCCAUGUAUGUUAUAUUUUCCUCUCUUUUGACAAAUUAUUUAGUAUGCUUUCUUUGUUCUUAGUUGUGCAUUUGUUCCUGAAUGAGUACUCGCUGAACCUUUAAUCCCAGUAAAUAUAUAUUCAUGUUUGGUUUGCAACAUUGUCACAAUGAAUGUAAAAGUACUGUGAUACUGUCUGUGUAAAAAAAGGAAAAAGGCAACAUAAUUAAAUCUUUUAACACGAAA